GCUCACAAAAUAUUAAAGAGAUUGUUAUCGGCAUGGCACAUCGUGGCCGAUUGAAUGUGCUAGUAAAUAUUCUUGGCAAAGCGACAGAUGAGUUAUUCCAAGAAUUUGAGGGCACGAAAAAAAUCAGUGAAUUAACAGGGGAUGUUAAAUACCAUCUGGGUUUUGCGUCCAACAUUGAAACCCCUGGGGGGGCGGUGCAUUUGGCUUUAGCAUUUAACCCCUCACAUUUAGAAAUUGUAGCGCCUGUUGUUGAAGGUUCGGUGCGUGCACGUCAAUGGCGUCGAGGUGAUCGCCAAGGCAAUGCAGUCAUUCCUGUACAAA